GCCCUCGUUCUAUCUACGCGAAAAAGCGAGGCGAAGAAAGAUGAGAGAGUAUGCACUAGGCAGGGGUAGACUCGUAAAUUCGAUGGUUUUGAGACCCACAGGCCACAAUUACAGGUGCCUGCUCUGCUCGUUCCCUCUUCAGUCUUCACACUCCCAAAAAGAAUUCGACUCUGCUCCCCCCAGCUCUUGGCGGAGAUCGGAGAAUUUUCCCCGGCGGCAACUCGAAGAAAUCCAAAUCCAGGCCAACAUGGACGGACAUGAUGGUGAUGAUCCUAAACAGAGCACUGCCGAUAUGACAGCUUUUGUGCAAAAUUUGCUUCAGCAGAUGCAAUCCAGGUUCCAGACCAUGUCUGACUCCAUCAUCACAAAGAUCGAUGACAUGGGAAGCAGGAUAGACGAGCUAGAGAGGAGCAUCAAUGACCUGAGAGCCGAGAUGGGCGUGGAAGGGUCUCCAUCUCCUUCGACGCCCAAGGCUAAGGACGAAUCGGAGCCAGGUGCUGGUUCAGCCUGAGAGAAAGUACCAAGUAAGAAGGACGUUGGAAACAAAACUGGUGUUCUGCAAAUAGUGUUCUUAUUAUUUCCGUUUGCUAUUGGCCUGCAAGUUUUCCGGGGAAUCUAUGCACCCCAUCUUCCAUUUCUACCACCAUUUUGCUUUUCCUCUUCUGAUUAGGAAACCCAUUGAAUUAGAGUGUAAUGUGAACACCAUGACUAGGGUGUCUAUGCUCGUUGUUUUGCCAUAUAUGAUGGCUCUAGUAACUCAUUAAUUCAGCGUGCGGUUCGAUGUUAGCGUCCCUCCCUCGUUCGAUCAAAUCGGUUGCUAUAUGAAUCAUGAACUGAUGUGGUCUGGGUUCGAAUAUCGAUUCAUCGAACCGGGUCGCUGUCUCUAUAGACAGCUAUUAGCAUACAGCCAACCUCCAACUCAGCACAGAAAAAGGUGUGGAAGGUGAUUGUGAUUGAGAAGCUUCUUAUUUCGGUUAAAUGGUGCUGGAAAUCACCAAAAUGGUGGCUGGCUUGGGCCACACACAUGAACUCCUUUCCUGAAAGGCACUUGCCAGCUGAUUGGUGAUAACAGCAUUGAAUUUGAGACUUAUUAUUGUUACGGCCCCCCGCCUCCAUUAGAGUGGUCCAGUUGUGUUGAUGUGGGUUUAGUUUUAGGCGUCCUCUUCAAGCAUUCAAUUGCAAGUUAAAGAAAGAUGCU